AGUUGUCAGGUGGUGUACAAACCGGAAGACUGGAAAGAGCGAAAGAGUGAUACAUUCGUAUUGACUAUGAACUCAGUGUUUGUGACUGUUGGAUCUACAAGUUUUGAUGAACUCAUAGCUUGUAUUUCAGACAAAGAAAGUUUUCAGGUGCUACAGAACAUUGGGUAUAACAAGCUGAUUCUUCAGAUUGGUCGAGGGGUUGUGGAACCAGAACCCUUUGAGAAGCCAGAAUUUACACUGGAAGUAUUCAGGUACAAGGAAUCAAUAGCAGAAGAUGUGAAGAAUGCAUCUCUUGUUAUCAGUCAUGCAGGUGCUGGUAGCUGUCUUGAGACGUUAGAAGCAGAGAAACCACUUAUCGUUGUUAUUAAUGAAAACCUAAUGAGCAACCACCAGUUAGAGCUGGCUCAGCAGCUUCACAGAAAUGGACAUCUUUUCUAUUGUACCUGCAGCACUCUUCGAGAAAAGUUGGUUACCAUGGACCUCACAACACUGCAGCCUUUCCCUUCAGGAGAGCCAGAACGUUUUGCUGUUUUUAUGGACAAAGCCUUGGGGCUGCAGUAAAAAAAAAUUUUUGUGUGUUCUGCUUUCCAGUACAAUAAUGGAAACAGUGGUUACAAAGUACAUUAAAAUGCAUGAUUCACCUGAGCUUAAGUUACACUCCUUGCACCUGGGUUUUUUUGAAUAAAAGUACUAAAACUA